AUGCAGGAACAGUUCUCCUACAAACGCUUCAGGAGGCGGAUCAUGCAGAGGAGCAGCGCUGACACUCCUGUUGCAAGUACUCCUCUGACCGCUGGGUGGCAGUAUGUGCCCAGGUGUGACUUUGACUCGGUCUGCCAGCGGCUGGCGUUAGAUUCUCCACCGAGGGACUCAGCCUCAUCAGCAUCAGCUCAGGAUGUCACUGAGGGAAAGCACCAAGCAGAGACGGGGCUGGAGGUUGGAGGCGUGUUGCACAGCGGUGCUGUCACACCACCAGCUGCCCCAUGUGCCAUGACUGCCAUGACUGCCAGAGACACUCCUGAAGCAGGGAAUGUCCCAGAACAGGACUGGGUAUGGACGGCUGCAGUACAAGGAAGUGGAAAUGCACUAAUGGCUGGCACCGGGGAUGAAAUUGGUGGUUUUCUGCAGCCAUUUGCUGCUCUGAACAAAGCUUCCAUGGGUCCGCAGGGCAAGGCAGUGAUGACCCUGGCUGCACCUUCACUGAUGAAUGACUACUACACUAAUCUGCUGGACUGCAGUUGUAAUGGCAUGGUUGCAUUGGCGCUGGGAUCUUCUGUCUACCUCUGGAAUUCAGAAACUCUCUCUCUGGAGGGACGCUUGCACCCGAGUCCCGCACUGCUGACCCUGACACAACCAGGACGACCAGGCCGCCGGUCACAGGCCAUCUCGUCUCUUCGCUGGAGCAGAGAUGGCAGAGCGCUCAGUAUCGGGACCAGGCAAGGGGAGAUACAGAAAUGUCUGUCUUUGACUCAGCUGUGGGAUGUGGAGAGCAAGAGCAGCGUGAGAUAUUUGGCAUCGCAUCUGUCUGUGGUGGGGGCUCUUUCCUGGAAACAGCCUUUUCUCAGCAGCGGUUCAGUUCUGGGACAGAUCCAUCACCAUGACCCACGAGCUCCCACGCCUCUGGUGGGUGUGGCCCAGCAGCAAGGCGCGGUUUGCAGCCUGGAGUGGUCGCCGGGAGACGAUUUGCUGGCCAGCGGCUCCGCAGACGGCAUCCUCAGUGUAUGGGAUGGUGACAUCACUGGGCUCACGAGGUCACGACAGCCAAUCGUUACGAUGAGACAGCCCAGCGCUGUUAAGGCGAUGGGUUGGUGUCCAUGGCAGAGAAAGCUGAUUGCUACAGGUGGAGGGUGGAGAGAUGGAGAACUGAGAAUUUGGGAUUCGCAAUCUGGGAUUUGCAUAAACUCCGCCCACACAAACUCACAGAUCUGCUCUCUGCGGUGGGCGGAAAAGAAGAGAUGCCUGGUCACAGGUCAUGGUCCCCCUCAUCACCACAUCACCUGCUGGGCCUGGAAAUUCCCCAACGUCAGCCCAAGCUACCAGCUAGCAGGUCAUUCACGUCGAGUCCUGCACUUGACCUUGAAUCCUUGUGGCGCCCUGAUCUUCUCUGCAGGAGCCGACCAGCGUGUGCACGUCUGGGCCAUGUAG